ACUACCAUUUUGGUUCUUACCGAUUCAUUCUGUCUGUGGAAGAUCGGCCCGUUUAGAGCCGCAAUGUCUUCUAACGGCAUUUCGUCUCCUUCGCGCAACUCCACGAUGGCGUCGGCGAGUACAGGGAGCCGGGUCUCCUGCGGGAGAGAUUUGAAUUGUGUACCCGAGGUGGCGGAUACGCUGGCGGCUGUCGCCAGGCUCGGGUUUGACUUCCUGUGUAUGCCACUGUUCCACCCACGGUUCCAGAGAGAGUUUGAGUUGGACCCAGCGCGGGGUCGUCAUGGCGCCCACACCCGCUCUGACCUGCUGCUAUGCGGGAGAGACUGGAACACCCUGAUUGUGGGGAAGCUGUCUCCCUGGAUUGAGACCGACUCGGAGGUGGAGACGGAGCGCAAGAACUCUGAGUUGGCGCUGGUGCAGGAGCUGAAUUUCUCCGCGUACCUGGGACUGCCAGCCUUCAUGAUCCCCCUCAGGACCCCCCACUGCGCCAACCUGGCCCGAAUCCUGCUCAAUCACAUCCACACCGGACACCACUCCUGCAUGUUCUGGAUCCGCGUGCCUCUGCUGGCCCCUGAGGACACUCGCGAUGACAUCAUCGACAAUGAGCCGGUUAAACACAGCGAUGACGGCAGCACGGACGAGAAGACCUGGGCUUGGUGGCAUUCCUUCAGAACACUGUGUGACUACAACAAGAGAAUCUGCUUGGCCAUUGAAGUUGGAGCAGACAUGCCCUCUGACUCUGUGAUUGACAAGUGGCUCGGGGAACCAAUCAAAGCAGCCAUUCUUCCCACCAGCAUUUUCCUGACCAAUAAGAAAGGGUUUCCUGUCUUGUCAAAGGCACACCAGCGAAUCAUAUUCCGUCUUUUUAAGCUCGAGGCUCAGUUCAUAUUCACGGGUGCGAGCCGGCACAGUGAGAAGGAUUUCCGCUCCUACCUGCAGUACCUGGAGUACCUGAACCAGAACCGCCCCGCCCCCAACUCCUACGAGCUCUUCGCCAGGGGCUACGAGGACUACCUGCAGUCCCCCCUGCAGCCUCUCAUGGAUAACCUGGAGUCUCAGACCUAUGAGGUGUUUGAGAAAGACCCCAUUAAAUACUCCCAGUACCAGCAGGCUGUGUACAAGUGUCUGCUGGACAGAGUGCCAGAGGAGGAGAAGGACACCAACGUGCAGGUGCUGAUGGUUUUGGGGGCCGGGCGGGGUCCCCUGGUGAACGCAUCCCUGCGUGCCGCGAAGCAGGCCGAUCGGAAGCUCCGGGUGUACGCCGUGGAGAAGAACCCUAACGCCGUCAUUACUUUGGAAAACUGGCGGUUCGAGGAGUGGGGCGAUCAGGUGACCGUGGUGUCAUGUGACAUGAGGGAGUGGGCGGCGCCGGAGAAGGCCGACAUCAUCGUCAGUGAGCUGCUGGGGUCCUUCGGGGACAACGAGCUGUCCCCAGAGUGCCUGGACGGAGCACAGCACUUCAUGAAGGAGGAUGGGGUGAGCAUCCCCUGUUCCUACACCUCUUUCCUGGCCCCCCUGUCUUCCUCUAAGUUGUAUAAUGAGGUGCGGGGGUGCAGGGAACGGGACAAGGACCCGGAGUGUCACUUUGAGACUCCCUAUGUGGUGCGGCUGCACAACUUCCACCAGCUGGCUGACCCCAAACCCUGCUUCACCUUCACACAUCCCACUACAGAUAUGAAUAAUAACAGGUAUCAGUGCCUGCGGUUCUCAGUGCAGUGCAACUCGGUGCUCCACGGGUUCGCCGGGUACUUCGAGACCACGCUGUACGCAGACGUCACGCUCAGUAUCAAGCCAGAGACUCACUCUCCUGGAAUGUUCUCCUGGUUCCCUAUUCUGUUUCCUCUCAAACAGCCCAUCCCCCUGUCGCGGGGUGAUGAUGUCAGCGUGCGGUUCUGGAGGUGUAAUAAUGGGAAGAAGGUGUGGUACGAGUGGGCCGUGACCGAGCCGGUCUGCUCCGCCAUCCACAACCCAGCCGGCCGGUCCUACACCAUCGGCCUGUAGAGCAACACGCGCACACUCACUCACUCCAUACACACACUGUACACACACACUCACUCACUGCACA